AUGGCGGCUAACACGAGGAAUGUCGUAACACUGUCAAAACUGCGUCUAAAACUACUCAGUCCACCCUCAAGAAGUUAUUUUAAUAGAUCUGAGCUUAUAGUGAAGUAUAAUUUGAGACGAAGAAGCAAUACUGUCAAGAACUACAAAUACAUAACAGACUCGAUCGUGGCUGCAAACGUCGCUAAAAAACUUGACGUUCAAGGAAAGUUGGUGAUUGAAGCGAGUCCAGGGCCAGGUUUAUUAACGAGAGAACUUAUAAAGAAUGGUGCAAAGAAGGUUAUUGGUCUUGAACCGGAGAAAAAGUUUCUUCCAUGUUUGAUUGAACUACAAAAUGAAGUUGGAUGUAAUGUUUUUGAAGCACGAUUUGCAGAUUUUGCAAAGAUUGAUCCACAUCUUGUACCAAAUGGUCAAAGCAACAAGCCAAGGAGCUGUAAAGAGCCAGCUAUUUCAUCAAAAGACUUGUUUAAGGGAUUUGAGCCUAUUAAUUGGCAGUCAGAUGAACUACCCGUCAAGUUUGUAGGAAUAGAAGGAGGAAAAACGACAGCAUCAACCACAAAAGUUCUCAUCAGCUAUCUUGCUCGUAUACCUACACAAGAAAGUAUAUUUGAAAUGGGCCGCUGUCAACUUAGCUUCUUCUAUGCACAMGACAGACUUGAACGGCUGCUUGCAAGGCCUGGUUCACGGUAUUACAAUCGACUGUCAAUCAUGACUGAAAUAUUUUGUGAUGUUGAAAUUGUUCACCGUGAGCCAUGCUCUUCAUUUGACCCAUACUUUCGAAAGGACAGUUCAAAAGAGUUAUCUUUAGUUAGUAUAACUCCCAAAAAGAGUGUUGACAUAAGUGUGCCUGAUCAUUGCUUGUCAUUCAUUGGUUAUUUUAUCAGACUUCUAAUGAUAAAACCAAAACARACAUUGGUUACAGCACUGGAAGGAAUUUGCCCUGGGACGCAUGACAUUGUAAGAUACCUGGGUUGGCCUCUAGACAUCAGGGCUUGUGAUCUUAGUCCACAUCAAUUUGCAACGCUUAUCAGUGAAUUUUUUCAAUAUGGUGGCCACUCUCAGUURGACUUUUUCUAUUCCAUGAGUCGUGCAAUGUGACAAAUAUCAAAAUGAAAGUURAUGUUCAUUUACUUUACAUGUAAAUAUAUCCACUAAGCCUCACUGUCAUGUGCUUACCAGCAAUGUAUUUGAAAGCACAUCUUGGACUGAAUUUUGUAUUCAGGAAGGCAUUGUAAAGCUUUAUAAAAUAAUAAAUAAUGGAUAUAUGAUUUCAUUAUGAAAUWCAUGUAAACCAUGAGC